UUGAGAAAUCACUGCCCCCUCCGUCAACGUUCAACUUGAGCACGACCACUUCUCAAAACAGAAAACCCUAACAAUGUCUGCACUGAAAACGAUCUCAGAAGCCCUGAACCUUGUCGAUUCCAAAAAAGAGAAUCUGAAGAAAGCUUACGACGAUCUCCAAUCCCUUCUCAAUCCCCUCCCUCUCUCAUGGCCCGACCUCGAUUCCCACUUCACCUCGCUCCACCACUCCCUCUCCCACCGCUUCCACCUCCUCCAAUCCCAAUCCCAAUCCCAAACCCUAACCCUAACCCCAAUUUCCGACCCACCACCCCAAACCCCCCAAAAUGCGACCUUUUCAUCAAAUCCUGCCGACCCAUCACCCAACCGUGACAAUUCUUCACCUGGGGUGUCCCCCCAAAACGACGCCGUUCCUGGUCCGGUUGCGCCCAGGGAGGAGCUAAUCCAUCUCUGCGAGAAAAUGGACGGUGUGGGCUUGAGGAAUUACUUGAAUGACCACUUUGAGGACAGGGACAGGGUUCAGGCGGAGCUUCCCGGCGCGUUUCGGCACGCGCCGGAUGCGGGCGUGGUGGUUCUGGGAGCGUUGGAGGGGUUUCAUGGAGAAGAGUGUGGCGAAUUGAAGGAUUGGGAGUUGAGGAACAUGAGGAGGACCUGCAUUGUGUUGAUGAAGCAGUUUAGGGCUUCUGGUGUGAGUGUGAGUGGUGAGGCGAGUGUGAGAGCCAGGGGGUUGGCUUUGGAAUGGAAGGAGAGGGUGGUGGGUGAUGAUGAUCCCGGUGCUCUUGGAGCUUUGGGGUUUCUGCAUUUGGUUUAUGCGUUUGGUUUGGUCUCUGAAUUCAGCUUGGAUGGACUUGUUGACAUUUCGGUCAUGGGCCCCGCCAACGCCGAGUUCCUCGAGAUGUGCCGGGCGGUCGGGUUGACGGAGAGAGUUCCUGAUAUUGUCCAGAAACUUAUAGCUAACGACAAACAUAUGGCAGCUGUCAAGUAUAUUUUUGAGUUUAAUCUUGCUGAUAGGAUUCCACCUGUUCCUAUUUUGAAAGCUUGUGUGGAACAUUCUAAGGAACUUGCCACUAGACUUUCCAAGGAACCAAAGUCAGCAAUUGAGAGUACAAAUAAAGAAAUUAAUACGCUGAGAUCAGUGAUCAAGAUUAUAGAGAAUCAUGAGCUUGAAUCUGAAUACCCAAGAGCUAGCCUUGAGCAGCGUAUAAAGCAAUUAAAGAGGCAAAAGACAGAUAUUAUGCGUCCUGUACUAGCUUCUGCUGCAAAGAAUUCUCAGCGCAAACAGCAACAGCAACAACAACAACAGCCGCAAAGGAGAAAUAAGCAGAAGCCAAAACAGACUGGUAUCAAGCGUCCCUGGACAUCUGCUCCAGUUGGCCCUGCACCUGUCCUCAAGAACAUCAAUAAUGUCAAUUCAACAAUGCACCACUACCAGCAACCUCCUGCCCAUCCAUCAGGUUUGUUUCCAGAGCAUCCAAAUCCAUACAUGAGCACGCCAGCCAUGCCAUAUGGCAUGUUGGCUCCUUCCCCAAAUGUUCCUCCUUAUGCAGUUCGUUCAGCUGGACCUUAUGGUCAUGAUGGUCUCCCAAUGGGUCCCAGUGGCAACCCCAGUCUAGGUGGUGCUCAUCUAAGCUCGUCAGAGGCACAUGUGCCUACUGGUUAUUAUGAUAGAGCCUCUAAUUAUGGUGGUAUUGAUCCGCAACAUUAUUACCAAACAUCUUAUUACCCCCAAUAGAUCAAUAAACCACUUUUGUCAGUACUGAACUGGAGGAUUGAUAUUCUAGUUUGGUACCUGACUUUACACCUCAACUGUUUAGUUAUCAAAAUCUAGCUUGCAACUUUGCUUCAUUGUCCAUGUUCGUAGGACAAGAAGCAGAUUCAGUAAUUAAGAAUUGUGAGGAAAUGUUUAGUGUCACAAUUUUAGUUACUUGAAUCACUUUGUAUGUAUAAAAUUACUUGUAGGUUAAUCAUGGUAAUGGGUCUUCUAAUUCUCUCUUGCCCAUUCCCUAGGCUUUGUUGUUUUGAGUAAGCAAUGGGACCUGGACGGGAUUUGGGAAACUAAAAUUAUCUGGAAUAUAAUAUUUUACAAAUUUGUAGUUUCAAGUGAGAAUGAUGACUUA